GUGUUCCUGUUUACCUUUUUAACAGACUCCGUUCACCAGACAAGCAUUCGCACGGCAAUGGAUAGGAUCGAGCAGGUGAGCUGCAUCCGGUUUGUACCGCGCACGACCCAGAAUGGUUACAUUUUCAUUUCGGAAACUGACCCGGGAGUCUGUUCGGCUAGGGUAGGCUAUACUGGAACGAAGCAACCCGUCAACCUGUCAACGAACGGCUGCAUGUCCCGUGGCACCAUCAUCCACGAGCUGCUGCAUGCCCUCGGGUUCAUUCAUAUGCAGAGUAGCCCCGAUCGUGAUCUCUACCUGGAUAUUAACUACGCUGCCAUAAUACCGGGCAAAGAGCACAACUUCAAUCGCUACUUUUCAUCGGCGGCUGACGAUCAUGGCAUACCGUACGAUUACGACAGUGUGAUGCAUUACGCAUCGACGGCGUUCAGCGUAAAUGGGCAGCCGACGAUUAUUCCGAAAAAGAAGGACGCUCUGAUUGGACAGCGUAAUAACCUAAGUCCUAAAGACAUCAAACAACUCAACCAUCUGUAUCCGAACUGUUACUAGAUGUUUGUACACGGUGCACUUGCAUUUAAAAACAGUGAUUUGGUGAUUAUUUAUAAAAUUCUACUUCAGCAACCGAUACAUGCAAUCAUAAACAAUAUCUGGACACUAAGACUGCUGGACUUCAUAUGAAAAGUAAUGGAUAUAUUUUAUUGUGUACUUACCACAAACUUCAACAACAUUCGAAAAUUGUGCAGGGUUUGAAAAUGUUUUAUACUUCAAUAAACUAUCAGUUAUUUUGUCAUAAACGCUUAAUACGACUA